GGGAAGUGAGGGCAAAAGGCAACAGCGGUUCUGGAAUUCUAUACAGGCAGAGCUGUGGACACCUAAGAUAACGCAAUCUCCGCGCACGGUGGGGCGGGGCUUCGCGAGGACCUCACCCUGAUGUGAUUAUCUUGAUGGGAUCGCUGGGGAGGCGGAAGCUGUCUAUAGAGAAGGGGCAUUCGACGGUGGCCGAGGUUUUGAUGAGACUGAGAACCAGAGAGCGAAUGUGACCUCCUCCAAAUCACAGAGUAAUUGGUAGAGCUGGAUAAGAACCUAAACCUAUAACUGAAGAGACCAGAGAUCUUUCUGUUACACUUUUGGGAAACAGGUCCUAAGAUUUUUGCAAGUUAUCUUCCAGGGAAAAAAUGCCUAAAGUCAAAAGAAGCCGGAAGGCUCCCCCAGAUGGCUGGGAGUUGAUUGAGCCAACAUUGGAUGAAUUAGAUCAAAAGAUGAGAGAAGCUGAAACAGAGCCUCAUGAGGGAAAGAGGAAGGUGGAAUCUCUGUGGCCCAUCUUCAGGAUACACCACCAGAAAACCCGCUAUAUUUUUGACCUCUUCUACAAGCGGAAAGCUAUAAGCAGAGAACUCUAUGAAUAUUGUAUUAAGGAAGGCUACGCAGAUAAAAACCUGAUCGCAAAAUGGAAAAAGCAGGGCUACGAGAACUUAUGCUGCCUGCGGUGCAUUCAGACACGGGACACCAAUUUUGGGACAAACUGCAUUUGCCGGGUCCCCAAAAGCAAGCUGGAAGUGGGCCGGAUCAUCGAAUGCACGCACUGCGGCUGCCGGGGCUGCUCCGGCUGAGGCCCUUGCACCGUGACUGCCUCCGCCCUGGACUCUUGGCUGCGCAGGAGUCUGCCUGUCACACUGCCCCUUUCCUGGAAGCAGCUCUACCCACAGAGUGGCACCCAAGGCCCGAGUUGGAGCAUGGUCUCUACAUGCGAAGGCUUUGGUGUUCAUCAGCUGUGAUUUGUAGAAAUAAAACUUUUAAACCUG